GUGUUCAAAUGGCGGUUCAUUUGUUUGCUUCAAUCAAAUAGUUUGACAGUAGACGGGAACGAGCCGCACGUACAGGAACGUUGCUCCCUCCAGGAUAGAAAGACUUCUCCGUGCACAGAAGUUCGCGAACCUUCCAGAGCGCUUCCAGAGAUUCCAUCGUUUUAGAUUCGAUUUAAGGAGAGUGUAAUUCGAAAUUUGCCCCUCCCGUUAAGCAUACCAUCCCAACAUGUCCAUCGUGAACAUUUACAUUCACGACGAAAACAUCUACAACGUGGAAAAGAAACCGCCCGAAAAGCCACCGAAGCCGCCGCUCUACCACUCCCGGUUCGAGCAUCAGGUGCGGCAGGAGACGAAAUCCUGCAAGGACGCUCACCGCACGAUGGGCUUCUCCAAGAUACCGCUGCCCGGUCCGGGCGACUUUCUGCGCAAAAACUGUGGCCCCCGCCAUCGGGCCACUAAAUCGGCCCCGGUGCGGCUGUGCACCGGCCACAAACCGCCCAUCCCGAAGCCGCACGAACCCUCGCCCUGCCAGGUGCUGAAGGUGGUGGAUUUUAGGAAAGAAAACAUUAAAAAAGUUGUUGCGGCGAAUCCGAAAAAGCCGCGCCCACGGUACGCCGAUACGCGCAAGGGUGAUUUUCACGAUCUGGAAAAGUCGGGCCUGAUGCCGAUCUACAUGUGCCAGCCAAAGUUUGGCAAGGUGCCACAGUAUCUGACGCGCCGGAAGAAGGAUCUGGCCGCCCAGAAGGACCGGCUGAUCGAGGACCGGGCGCAGCAGCAGCCACGCUGCUCGUACAUCUUGCAGGAGGAGCGCGUCGAGCUGCUGAAGGGUUUAAAGAAAAACUGGGAAAAACUGCAGCAAGAGUAUCAGAGCCUGCCGCUGCUAACCGACACCGUGCCGAAGAUGAUACGCAAGGCGAAGCUGGAGAACAAUCUGAAGCAGCUGGAGAAGGACAUCCUGACGAUCGAGAACAACCCUUACAUCUACCUGUACGACGACGACCAAAAGGAUGCAUAACGGCAUUUUACUGGACUUUCCUUUCUUCGCCCUUUUUUCCUUGUGGAAUUAUCGUUUUUUUUUAGCAAUUUUAUCUUUAGCUCUCACACCUGCGAGAUGACUUGAAUGCGUGCACUUGAUUUAGCUGGCAAAUUUCGGCACAAUUUGGCUGCAAUUCACGGGACAAAUAAAUUGUGUGUGUGUACGUGUGUGAUUUUCUAGAAA